ACAGACCAGACAUGUAACGGUACUGUCGCGAGACCGUACAAUAAACUCUGCUCAAAAAGCUCAUUUUUGUGCGGCGUUGAGGUCUUACUGAAACUGACUAACUGAAACGGAUCUCACUCAGAUAUAUCGUAUCAACGUCUUAACCCUCCGACAGACGUGAACCACAGAUAUUGCAUUCAGUUUGUAUACUUUUCACAUGCACCCGUUUGAAGGGUGUCAUAGCAGCCAGUAAUGGCAUCUUCAGAUGAGAAAAGUUUGGACCCAUGGCGAUACGUCAUAAUUGUUUCCAAGUUCAUGGUUUAUUUUCUGCAUAUUGGACUAGUCAAAUCUCUGUCUGUACUCAUUCCCUAUCUCGUCAUCCAACUGGACGUGGACACCGCAACGGUUGGCGUCCUUGUUACCAUGGAAAUCGGAAUAUAUUUUAUGGCUUGUCCACUUGGUCAUUUUCUGAACCAUAAGUUUGGCUCUCGUCAGGUGACAACAAUAGGAGGCAUCUUAGCUGCAAUUUCGUUCAUGGCAGGAACAUUCUGCAAGACAGCGCCCUCUCUUGGGUGCCUUUUAUUUUUCACAGGUCUCUUCGCUUCCCCGUUGAAUCAAGGAUCGAGUGAAGUGCUUCACCAACAUUACAGAGACAAUUUCGGAUUAGCUUCGGCAAUCACGAUGAUGGGUAGUCAAAUCGGGAGUUUCGUAAUGCCCUACCUGACCUUGAUAAGUAUGGAUGCCUAUGGGCCAAGAGGGAGCUUCUUGAUCCUUAGCGCCAUGAUGUUUCAUUGGGUACCAAUAGGAGCCACGCUGCGUUCAUAUCCGAAAGGCCAAUCUGAAAGUGGAACAUCCUUGUCUAAACUGUCUACAGGGAACGAUAGUGAUGACGCUGGGUGUGAACGUGAGCCACUUCGAACUAGAAACGAUGAUCAGGUCUGUCAGCUUCAGAGCAAAGAAAUAACAGCCACAGCGAGUAGCCCCCGCGAUUUACAGUCUGAUCCAAACACUGGACAGAUGGAGAAAAGCCAAAAUCUUCGAGAAGGAAUGUUCAGCAUGAUCCGAAACACCAUGCUUGAUGCCGUAGAUUUUGUUAAAAAGGAACGCGUUUUUGCAUGCCUUCUGCUUCCCAGCCAGGUCUUUUUCGACAUGUCUUACAUCGGUUGGUCAGUGUUUUUGUUCUCCUACGGAAUAGCCGAAGGAUUACGUAAAGACACAGCCGUGUUCUUAGUCAUGAUCGCUUCCGUUGGCGGCAUCGUCGGAAGACUCUUCCUCGUAGUAUUCCUGUAUAAGUACCCAUUGUUAACGAUACCAUUGCUGCCAACAAGCCUCUUGAUAUCAUCCAUAUCGCUCCUGGCGUACCCUAUUAAUUCCUCUCCGACCUAUCUAUGCAUCUGCUCUUUUGUCGCCGGGAUUGGUUUCUACAAUACGUAUUCAACAUUCGACGGAGUUAUUUCUUUGAAGGUCCGGAAAAAUAAUUUCCCAAAGGCCAUUGCUUGCUCCCUGAUGGUAUCCGGGGCCUCUUUUCUUGCUUCUGGAGUACUAACAGGUUUCCUUCAUGAUUUGCUUGGUUCAUACAGGGCAGUCUUCCGUAUACUGGGGUGCCUCGUUGGGAUCAUCGGUGUAACAAUUACGAUUCAUAUCUGCGUGGAGGCGAGGAUAAAACGGACGAACAGGGGCCUAUAAGUACUUUUCUUCAAGCGGGUCGUUAAUAACUUAAUAUUCCCUUAUUACAUAAUAAGUCUAUUGCUGUUUUGUUUGCUCUGAAAUACACUUGACACGUGACAGGAAAGUUUGCCACCUCCCUAAUAAAUCGAAAUACCCACGUGAAUCGAUAUUUCAGACUUGUGUGUAAUGAUAAAGGUGUGCGUAAUCUUUGUUCAUAACUUACAGGAAAUAUCUUUGGCAUACAGAUGGGAGUGGCUUGGGACCAACAAAUAUAAGGGGAAAGGAGAAAAGGAAACGGAAAAGGGUGAAAUGUAAUAUAAUUUUCUAAAAGGAUGUCAAAAACUGUAACAGAAUUAAAUGUUUGUAUUAGAAAGGGUCAGAAUUUUUGCUUACUCGCAUUUUGUUCCUACGCAAUGGUUCCCCCUCAAAAUAUUUUUUUAUCAUUACGCUACUGAAAUACAUGGUACAGUUUGUCUUUUCUCAAAAUAUAUUUUAAAAAGUUUGUCAUAAAAGACACACACACACAAAUUUUUUUUUUGUUAUUCACUACCUUCGCUAGCUUGCAUAUGUGCAUAAGUCCACAUUUGCGUUGGCCAUGUUGGAACUUGCCUUCCCCAAAAAACUUCCAAGGAUAGGAUGAAAAUAAAUAAAAAGGAGACAAGAAACACACAAAUGAUUAUAUGUUAUUAUUCUCUAAAUAGUCUCCGGACUAUGAACCACAAAGCCCCACCACAGCACUUGCGUCCUUUGGCAAGGCGAUUUUCUAUAUUUGCCACUCUCCACCCGGGUGUGGUAAAUACGUACCCGGUAGGACAAAUGUAGGAAGAAAUUACUUGAAUCGAGUGUCCGAUCAGGGUAUAGCCAUGCUAAAGCCGGGUUGAUAGUAUGCAGCGCUUGGAAACAUUGUGUUAAGCGCUGUACGAAUGUUGCAUAUUAUUAUCAUCAUCAUUGUUAUUGUUAUUAUUAUUACUAUUAUAUUAUUAUUUUUUCUAUUGUUAUGAUUAUUCAUGUACUGCACUUUUCCAAAAAUUUCCCAAGGUGCUUACAACAAGACAAAGAAUACAACAAAGUCUAAAAUGAUAUUUGCAAUCCUAAAACUCUGGAUUGGAAAAAAGAAACGUCUGAAUAAGUCCCUUUUAAGUAAAGAGGAAGAUGGUGAUUGUCUGAGUAAAUGAGGUAAAUUAUUUCAAUAUUUUUAAAUAAAUAUUAGGCCACAAUCUAUCACAAACUUCGACUUUUCUUUUACAAAGGUCCAAGUUUUCGCUUUAAAAUGUUGCUCCACAAAUAUUUUUGUGGAGCAACAUUUAAAUGUGUACACUGUAAUAUUUACCCUAUGAAAUAUCUGUUUAUGUUCAUCCUAUAUUUUUUAUUUUGCAACUCGAUAUAUAUAUAUGAAAUCUCGC